ACAACUUUAUUUCCCGGGAUUUUUUUCAGCAGGGGCGCAGCACUGGUGGUGCCGUAUGAACAACGUAAAACAAGGGCUUUACAGCAAUGGAUACUAUACUAAGUGAAAGCAACAUAGAAAGCAACAUAUUUGGAACUGAGAACGUUGGCAGAGCAGCGAAUCAUCGUUCGAUGUUGUUAUUGUAUUGAAUUCUACAACAGUAUGGGCUACAGUGUUCUCUAACUAGGAAUGAUGGUUAGUAUGCCGGGAUGUGCCGUCAACGGCUGUCCUUUGAGUGGUUCGAACUCUGUACAGCCCUGGCGUGCCGCAUUGGAGCUGACCCUGGCCGAAACCAUCAAGUCUGACGGCGUCAUCAACCUGUCCGCCCUGGAGGACCCCGCCUUGGCCCAGCCAGAACCGUCCCCGCCCGGUACAGUCCGUGUUCCGGUGGGAGACGCGGCGACGUUCGAGUGCGACGCUGAAACAGGAGCGUCGGCGCAGCGGAUCGUGUGGCGCCACCACAACGCCACCAUCCACGACGAAGACGUGCCGGACUCCCCCAAAGGUCACUUUAACCAGCAGAUGACCAUCCGCGCCACCAGCUACCUGUUCAUCCACAACGUCGGCCGCGACUCCGGCGGAACGGUGGAGUGCCUUGAUCCCUGCAACGGCUCCCUGUGCCGCCUCCGCGGGUUCUACCUGCAGCCGCAGCUUCCGGCCCGUAACGUCUUCGUCCCGCCGAUGCGCGACGUGUCCACGGCGCUGUGCAGCUUCUCCAUGACCUGCAGCGGGAACGUCGACUGCAGCCGGACGCAGGCCAUGUUGCACUUCAUCUGGAAAUUCGACGACUACUUCGUGGCGGCGCCCUAUCCUUCUCUGCUGGGCGAGGACAUCCCCGGUCUGCUCAACGGCUCCGUCACCUUCAACGUGUCGGCACAAGGAGCAGCCGAUCCCUUCUGCGCCAGCACGCUGACCAUCGCUAUGCGCGCGGAGGCCUGUCCACUGUUGGCACGUGUCGAGUGCUGGUUCCGGCCCGAUCUCCGCCGCUCCGAGUGGUUGGCCCAAAAAGCAUACGUUUAUUUCGCGCAGCCGCUGCAGUAGCCGUUGACUGUUAAUAAUCGCAUUUUUUUCUGCACAUGACAGCGGUGCGCUACACAGAAUUAUCACGCACGUGCUAGCAGCGCGAUGGGCGGUUGCCUUAAGGCACUGUUGAGCCUAUUGGUUACCGCCCAAAGGUGGUUUCUUACGGAAAUGCGUGCAAUAGCUACUAAUUCUGCAGUGGUGUCAAUAGCAUCUGCGCCUAUCUGAAUUGUACAGGAUACGACCGAUUGAACCCCAUAUGGUUCACCUGGAAGUUGUAAUUAUGCUUGUGUUAGCACAUGCGAACAGAAACGGUGCUGGCCAAGGUUUAUCCCGCGAAAUAUUUUCACAAUUUUAAUUCGAAGUAGUCAUAAAACAACCCACCGCCCCGAGUAUUAAAAGGGAAAUUAAUUCUACUUGUAUUUACUGUAUAUAGGUAGUACUAACUGUAGCCGAUUAUUAUUUAAAUGUCACAAGAAACAAGCUGGGAAAAGGCCUCAUACGAGCUGCCUCCUGGCCGGGCGGCCGCCUUGACCACCCGGCUGAUCUCCAGCGCCUUCUGCGUGUAGUCGCCCUCCGCGUACGGCUUAUCCCACUGCCCGACCUUCUGGACCGCCUCGACCACUUCCGCCGCCGGGACGACGCGGGCGAACAACAUCCCCGUCGCGGGCAGACUGAGCCCGUUGCCCAGGCGCUGCGCCAUGUUGGCGUUGGCGAACUGGUCGCCGAACAUGGGCCAGCUCACCAGCGGCACGCCGGCGUCGAAGGCCUCCAGGA